AAUUUCCGGAUGAGCGUUGAAACACAUCUUGCCGUCUUCCGGUGUCCGCUUCUCCAAAAUGGCUCGUGAUCUGUCAUUUAGAGUAGCUGUUCUUUUCUCUUUUUUGUUCUUCGGAUUCAUUAAUUUCGUGUGCUGUAAUAACGAAAGAAGGGUCGGUGAUGCGUUGGAGACCGAUUUUAGUGGUUUAUCUGUGCCUCUGGAACACUCAUUUGAACUCGAUGAUACAGCAAAGUUUGUGGUACGAGGCACUUUGCUGUUGAAAACUGGCAGGGAGCCGAGUGUCGCGCUUAGUCAGAACCCACUUUCAGAGGAGGACAGAGUGAAGCUGAAGGAAGUGGCAGAAGUCGACGGUCUCUACAGAAUCCGAGUGCCUCGCGUUUCUCUGCAAGCGGACAGACAGACGGAGUGGCAGGUGGACGGUUACCUCACAGCUUUUGUCAGAGCUUGUGCGAUGGUUGAGUCCCACCUGAGCGACGUGAUCACACUCCACACAGAUGUCUCUGGAUACCUCAUCGGCAUCUCCAUAGUAACAAUACCUGGUGCCUGCAGAGGCACCAAGGUUGAGGAUGAGGUUGAUCUUGAGGUUUUCAACACCACGCUCAGCAUCAUGGCUCCUGUCAAUGCUCCCGGGCCUGAGACCUCUCUGUUCCUCGAGCGAAUGGAACAAGAAACAGAGAAGAAGGGGAAGAAUCCACAGGAGCAGAAAUCAUUUUUCGCUAAAUAUUGGUAUUUGAUUCUGGGAGGUGCAAUCUUCCUCAUGGUCAGCAAUUCGGCACAGCCCCCAGCAGGGGGCGGCAGAGAGCAGAGCUGAUUCCCACUGAAUGGAUGUACAUCGUGCCUCUAGUUCUCUUCCUGAUGAUGUCCGGUGCCCAGGACCAAUCAGGAGGAGGCGCCAGUGGCAGAGCUGCAGCUGCCUGACGAUUAACGCGCUGAGCGUUUUCCUGCUGAGCAACACAGUUGUCACAGUUUAACUGCUGUACAUAAUGUUAUUUAAGAAUGAUAAAUAUUUGCCGCGUGCACCUGAAACCUGUACCGUAUAAAAGUUUGUGUCCUGCAUAUGACUGCAGUUUUAUUACUAAUAUAAAAAUAAAGGAUUUAUUACUUUAA